AUGAGCGGAUUUGAGGUUGGCGGGGUCGUUCUAGAUGCCCUUCCACUCAUUAUCACCGCGGUUGAUAAAUAUAAAGCGACCGCGGGUAUCCUCAAGAAUUUCCGACACAAAGAAUCACACAUUCAGAAACUAAUUCAGGCCCUCGAGAAUCAGAAGUUUUGUGUUGAGAGUGAGCUGGUCAUUGUCUGGAAUGGGGCCUUUAGCAAGGAAGACUUUGCACCCAUUCCUCCAACCUCCAACGAUUUCAAAAGUCUAAUGGUUGCGCUGGCCAUUCAGAAACACCUAGGUCCCGGGUAUCAGCACUUUAUUGCGGCUCUUUCACGAUGCGAGGAAGCAUUAGUCGAAAUAGCGACACACCUUCACGGUUUAGCAUCAGAUGGACAGACGACUUGGAGAGACACGUCAAAGGUCUCUAGAACGCAACCAAUAAUUUGUCACGAAUCAGAGAAUACAGUCGCUUACGAACCCCGGUCACUCUUCAAUCCACUUCCUCGGCAGCAAAUAAAAUCAUGUCUUCCUUCGAUGCGAUCCGAAGCCAUGCGCCCCCCCCUCCCCCGACUGUACACCACAAUAUCAACCGCUUACGCAGAAACAUGUCACCCGGAACAUGAGGCACAUCUUUUCCUCCAAAUUAGAGCCACGUCACUGUUUGCCAAAGGCCCAGAGCCGACAAAGUCACCCGUGACUUUUACAAUAUCGUUUGACCAGGUUGGCCCCGAUGAUAGAUGUACCCCAUCCUGGGCCACUAAAGGAAACAGCGAUGUCAUUCUACCUACUCGAGGUGUCACUACGAUCAUCCGAAGCUUGUCGACUAACCCUCGUCGCGUAUCCUAUCGACUUGACGCCCAAAUACAUCAACACAGCAGGUCAACUACUUUGACCAACUCUUCUAGCUCUAGUCAACAACCUUCUCCGCCACAGGUCAUCCAGGAUCUAUGCCUGCAUAUUUCCAAGGGAAUGGAGCUACAGGAUUUACAUUUGUCCAAGGAUGGACAGCUCUGUUACCACCAAAGCCCUGAGUGCACAGUUAGGACACAACUUGGCACAAUGGCCAGCACUAUUCAUUCCCGGGACGAGCUUCUUCAGGCUACAUCUACCAUAAAGCUGUAUUCCAACUCGAGAAUUGCUUUAUCCUUCAAGAUAGCCUCAUGGAUACUGCAGUUAAAUGACACGAAAUGGUACCGUCGCCCUAUAACCAGCGACAUGAUCUACCUCUUAUGCGAGAAUUCGGGAACACCAGGAUCAGAGCAUCGCCCCUUUAUCAGCCGUAAGUUUACUACCUGUUUGGAGGAAUCAUCCGCCCUCAGCGCCAAACGAGCAAUGCUUGAACUCGGUAUCAUAUUGCUGGAGCUAUGGAAGAACCAGACAUUUACCUCAUACGCUACUCAAUCCCGGAACCCAUAUCAAACCCUGGGAGCUCGGUAUGACCUGGCGCGUAAUUGGCUGGAUGCCAAUAUGAACGAAAUUCUUCCGAUUUACUACGAUGUAGUUACCAGAUGCAUUGAGUGCACAUUUGCAACUAGCGGUGCAGGCUAUAAAUGGGGUGACACGGGGUUCCGGAAAUCAGUUUGUGACUACGUCGUCAAACCACUUGGGAAACUGGUACACCCGAGUCUCGGUGAAUAG